CUUCCCCGUGCUCUGGGAUGUCGAGCACAUACAGAGCGCUCUCCGCAGCCUCGGUCGUCCAGGUGUGGAGCGGCGGGAAAGGGGCUGCCUUUUCCCGGACGGAGCGGAGAGGUGAAGAUAACUCCUGCUGCCCCUGUCAUCACUUUGGAAGAGUGACAGCGGGGAAACGGGACGAUCCGUCCGCUGGACCGAGCUUGCUCAUUUGCUGACUCUUGCAUCCGUUUAAGUUCAUUUCCAUAAUUGCGAGGAGGUUUCUGUAUUCAGCUGAGUUCUGUUGAUUCCCGACAUGGACCCGGGUUGACACUGGAUUGUUUUGGGCUGCGGAUGUGAAGGGAUUCAGACGUGGAUUAGAAUGCUGAUGAGGAGCACCUAAGCUUUGGGACAGAGAGCUCCUUAAGAGGAGCAUGUGGACAUGUUUGGCUUCUCCAAGAAGCCAAAGCUGUCCGGCCAUAGGAAUAAGACGUCAGGCUGGCCGCCCCCAGGCCCGGGCUCGUGGGGUGGGCUGCAGGGGCCCCCGUACAGUUGGGACAGCAUGAACAACACCAGGGAUGGCCGGGACUUCUUUACCAACCAAGGGUCCCAGAGCAGCUCCCUGGAGGAGGUCCACCUGGACGGCCUCCCCCCCGCCCCUCGUCUGGUGGAGAUGAGACGGGAUCCGGUCCUGGGCUUCGGGUUUGUGGCUGGCAGCGAGAAACCGGUGGUGGUCCGUUCCGUCACUCCAGGUGGUCCGUCCGAGGGGAAGCUGCUGCCAGGCGACGAGAUCAUCAUGAUCAACGAUGAACCAGUCAGCUCAGCCCCCAGGGAGAGAGUCAUCGAUCUCGUCAGGAGCUGCAAAGAGUCCAUCAUGCUGACUGUUGUUCAACCAUUUCCUUCUCCUAAAUCAGCGUUCAUCAGUGCAGCCAAAAAAGCCAUGCUCAAGUCCAAUCCGGUCAAAGUGCGCUUUGCUGAGGAGGUCAUUAUAAACGGCCAGGUCCCGAAUCCGGUGAAGGACAACUCUCUUCUGUUCAUGCCAAACGUCCUGAAGGUCUACCUGGAAAACGGGCAGACGAAGUCUUUUCGUUUCGACAGCAGCACGUCCAUCAAGGAAGUGAUCCUGACCCUGCAGGAGAAGCUGUCGAUCCGCUGCAUCGAGCACUUCUCCCUGGUGUUGGAGGAGAGGACCGAAGGUUCUGGAAGCAAACUGCUUCUCCUGCAUGAGCAGGAGACGCUUACUCAGGUUACCCAGAGGCCUGGUUCUAACAGGAUGAAGUGUUUCUUUCGAAUCAGCUUCAUGCCCAGGGACCCAGUGGAGCUGCUCCGCCGGGACGCUGUGGCGUUUGAAUACCUCUAUGUGCAAUGUUGUAACGACGUGGUCCUGGAGCGCUUCGGCCCAGAGCUGAAGUACGAUGCUGCGCUGCGACUGGCCGCCCUGCAGAUGUACAUCCUGUCCAUGACGACCAGACAGAGUCAGAAGGUUUCACUAAAAUAUAUCCAAAAGGAGUGGGGUCUGUCGCUGUUCCUGCCUCCAACUGUGCUGUCCAGCAUGAAGGAGAAAAACAUCAAGAAGGCCCUGACGCACAUCCUCAAAACCAACCAGAAUCUUGUGCCUCCGGGGAAAAAGCUAACUGCAUUGCAGGCCAAGGUGCAUUACCUGAGGUACAUCAGUGAACUCAAGCUGUAUGGAGGGAGAGAGUUUAAAUCGAUACUUUUGCAGGGAGAGAAACAGACGGAGGUGACGCUGUUGGUGGGGCCGCGGUACGGGAUCAGUCACGUCAUCAACGCUCGGACCAACCUCGUAGCCCUGUUGGCCGACUUCAGCCACGUCAACCGCAUCGAGAUCCUCACAGAAGACGAGACCAACGUCCGGCUGGAACUACAUGUCCUGGACGUAAGACCCAUCACACUGAUCAUGGAGUCUAGCGAUGCAAUGAACCUUGCUUGCCUAACAGCAGGCUACUACCGCCUCCUAGUGGACUCCCGGAGAUCUAUUUUCAACAUGGCCCACUGCAAUAACAUAGCAGAGGAUGACACCAGUCAGGACCGCGUGCUAGAGUGGCCGUACAGCACAUCUUUAGGGGAAAAUGAAGAGCCGUCACAGGGGGUGGCCUACAACAGGGACUAUCCAGACAGUAGCCAGGGGGAAAACAGCAUUUCUCCUUACUUUAACGAGCCCCAAAACAUGGAUGGCGACCACAGGGCAAGAAGAAGUCCGGUGCCCCCUCCUCUUCCCCCUCCUACCAGGCACAAAACCCAAGACUCUCCUCGCAGCGCCAAAGUUUCAUUUAUUUUUGGGGGUAACCCCCCCUUGAACAGACCCAGGAACUAUGACGUACUGCCAGAGAGCCCCGAGUCUUCGGAGCCCUUCCAGUUCAACGAGCUAACGCACGUCUAUAGCAACAUCAUAACUGAGGAAGGUGGUGAGGAGCCCUUGCUGAGGGAGCUGUUCUAUCGAGACACGACGGACGAUGCGGAGGACGACGAGGAUGCUUCCUGUGAGGAGGACUCCACAGGGGGGACUCCAGUGGGGGAUAACAGGGACGGUGGCGACGACUGUGGCGGCCAAGGUGCACGGGUGCCCACAGCGGCCGGCAAAGCCACUUUUCUCACUCUCUCUGGGUCCACGGAUGACAUCAUCGACCUCACGUCGCUGCCGCCUCCCGAAGGAGACGACGGCGUCAACGAGGACGAGGACGACACUCUGCUGCAGACCCUCAACCUUGCGAUCGCAGCGCCGCCGCCGGGCUUUCGGGACAGCAUAGACGAGGACACAGCCCCGGAGGGACGGCCCCUAAGCACAUGUGAUAAUGAUGACAUCCCCGUAUCGCUAAUCGAUGCCGUCCCGACACACGGGGACGAAGAAGGAAGCAGGGGAGGGGAGAGUAGGUUAGAGAAUGCAGUCAUGAAUUCUCUACAAGCACUGGAGGACCUAUCAGUCUCUGAACAGAGACCUCCCCGUCCACCUCCCAGCAGUAACAACACAGGUAUUUGCACAUCUCAAGGAUUUAGCCCAGAGUCGUCCUCAGAUUCUGGCAAUGAGACCAACUCCUCAGAGAUGACAGAAAUCUCUGAACUAGCCUCUCAUAGACUCGCCGAGAGCCACAUGCGCUUGCUUGUAGCCACGAGAGAGGGUUACCAACCUUUACUGGAGGAGAAAACAGAAUUUCCAGUCUCGCCCAAUUCAUGCUCAACCAUAGAAAAGAAACCCCGCAGUCCAACUCGACACCUUCACCCUCCAGCAGUUCCUCCGAGACGUAGCCCCCAGCUAGACCUGACGCCAUCAGGGUCUGACAGGUUGGAGGUGAAAUCUCAGACUACUGUCUUGGUUACGCUCCAGCGCCCCAGUUCGACGACACCAGGAGGUAAACACCAGAAAAAGUCUGCUCACUCGAGUGGAAAGUACAAUACCUUCAGCACAAGGGAAGGACUUCGAAGUGAGAUCAAUAACAGACGCAGCUAUCUUGAUUUGAACCAGCACACUUUAUUCAGUGAGCAGGAAGAAGGUCAGAGGAGGCAGAAUUCUUUUGCUGCUGCUUCUUCUUCUGUAACCGAGGGCACUGGAGUGACGAGCCCAGCUCGAGAGCAUCGAAAUAAUCUUUGCCCGUCUUCGACUGUUUCCGACCGCUUCUUAGAGGUUGUCAACAUGGGAGGCUGUGAUGCAGGCAACGGAGCUGCAGCCGCUGAGCAGGAUGAACAUUUGGUUGUGGCAUCCUUACUGUCCCCGAGCAAGCAAUCCAGAUCAGGGGGUUCUGAGCACGGAUCGGAUACACAAAGUGACCAUCAGCCGAUUUCAAGACAACAGAGUGUUGCGCGGUUGUGUGAGUACCACCUGGCCAAAAGGAUUUCGAAUUUGCAAGGAGAAGCCCAGAGUUCGCUGCAGGGCUCUCUGUGCUCCUCACUUGAUGCAGGCGGCAGCACAAACAGCAGUGCCUGUGCCACGCCGACCGACUCUCCUCUUGGCCCUAGUGCAGUUGAGUCAAAACACCACCGCUUGCAAAAGCACCCACUUUCAAGCUCUUCUUCCUCCCUACUUAGAGUGCUAAACAACGAAGACAACAAAUCUGGAUUCCAGAGCCAGAACACCCAAAGCAAAGACCUCCAUCCCCAUGCUGACCCUGCCCUCCUUCGAAAAAUGCUGCCCAACAUUCACCCCACUCUUGCCGGGGGGGAAACAAGCCGACCCUCCUCAGCAACUCCAUCCAAGCAUAAGGAGAUAGCAGGCGCUGGAAGCAAGAAGCACAACAGUGAGAUCCAUGCUAAACAACAAGCCUGUUUUAAGGGGACUAACCCUAAGGAAGGCAGUGAGGCCUACAGACAACUGAUAAACUAUCUUACAGUGAGCCAGAUGCAUCAGGGAGGGAAGUUACAUAGUGCAGGUAUGGGAGGGGCAGUUAAAAAAGACACCAGACGUUUUAUCACAAGCAACCCUCAACUAGUUGAAAUGGUUAAAAGUAGGGGGAGUACCGCUGCUCGUUGUCCAUGUAUGCCUUCGUCUCUGUCGUCCCCAUUUCUCAGCCCUAAUAUCGUAAAUCCUCACUCAGCCACAAUGCAGUUGGCAAAUAAAAAUCCAAGGUCCUACCUUUCAGCUACACUUCCUGCCAAACUCAUGAGAAGCCCCGAUAUGCAUGUCCAGAGACCGAAUGACAGUUUAGACUUCAGGAGAGCUGCCACUGAACGGAGGAGUUCUUUUUCUGGUCUAGAAAGUGAGCUUGGCAGGGAUGGUAUUGAUCCUGAGCAAUUUCUCUCGCACUGUAAAAGGCAAGACUGCAUGAACCGUGACGGGGCUUUGAAUCCGAGUCGAAAUCGGGACUGCGGAGGCAACGGUAACCGCCCUCCACCUCGCUCAAGAAGUCAACCUAGUGGCAGCACAGAGGAAUGGUUCAAACCAGACUUGAAGUCGAAACAUCAAUCUCCUCCUAGACCUAGCGAUUCGUUUUGUUUCUCUCCUGCCCCCAGUUUGUGUGGUCAGCGUGCAGACCUCAAUGCCCUCUCACUAGGGCAGGGCGACCACCCGUCCGCUUUUAUCAGACAGACGUCUAGUCGGACUAGAACUACCAUUUCAUCUCCAACGCCACAAUCGCCACCUCCACCGCCACCACCUCUACCGCCACCUCCUCCUGUAUCUCUGUCUGUGCAGGCAAACUCUAGCGCUGGCAACUCAGGAUGCUCUCAAGAUUCUCUUCACCCAAUCCAGUUUCGGCAGAACCACAUUCAGUCUGUUGCACCAACCCUGUCACAGACAGACCAAUUCAGCAGUAGCAUGCAGCGAGGAAGAGAGCUCAAGCGCAGCUCAAGCAAUGUGACAAGUUCGGGAAGUGUUGAGGCUUUAUUUGAUAAGCCCAUUCGAAGCCGGAGCCAGCAGCCCUUGUCAGCGUCGAUGUCUCAACAAAGUGACGCCAAAGUCCAACGUAGACAAGCAAGAAAACGCCUUUCCAAGAGCUACUCCCAAGGAUCUGUGUCCUCACAUGCAACCUGUUGGUCUACAGGCAGCGGGGUGGACAGUAGAAGGGCGUCUGUUGCAUUUCCAUUACACAAAGACUCUAAACAUACAAAGGGCUCACAAAAACUUGACACCAGUCCCUGGAGAUGCAACGGCCCCUUCAGCUACUGCUUCUUUAAACGUAAAACUGAGGGAGAAGAUGACGAAAUCGAGUGGGAGAGGCCUAGGGGAAGCCGCGUUGGGAGCAAUAUUGACAAUAACGGUGCUGUCGCAUCCACUAUAACCCCCUAUGGCUCAGCAGUGGAUGAGCAGCUAUACGGUGAGGUCCUCGACAACAUGAGCUUCAGUGACCGUCUGGCCAGAAUCAACGCUCUCAAGGACCGCAUGUAUGGCUUCCCGUCUGGUUUCAACGACGUCCGUCGAGAUGCUAGCGAGCUCAUUGCGCUGGUGAGAUCCAGUGUGGGUCGGUGUGACCGUGGAGUCCAGAUGCCUAUCCAAGAUGUUUCCCAGUACAAGCAGCUCCUUUCUGUCGAAUCAAAAGAGUUAGGCCGGGCAUGCCGGAGAAUGGCACAAGCCCACAGUAGUCCCGAUGAAAUGCUGCUAGCGGUUACAUGUAGCUUUCAGGUGCUAUGUUGUCUGUGUGAAGCUUGUAUGUGUCUAGUUAGGGGAGUCGGAGCCUCGGCGUCACAGCAGCAAAGAGAAGUUGUAGCAAAAGUUGACGAGGUUGUUAUGAACUAUAUCUGUUUGCUCAAAGCAGCUGAAGCUGCGACUGUGGGUGCCCCAGGGGAGCACAGCGUGAAAGCCCUGGUCCGCCACUCCAGUACCAUGUCGGCUAUUGCUAACGCACUCACCCGCUCCCUUAAAACGCUGCUAAGCAAGUAGAGGCUAUUUCCAAUGCUUUAUAGUAUGGCCUAUGCAGUCAGUAGAAGUCUGUCUUUAGACAUCUCACUGUUUUUUGAGUUUUCUGAAAGAUUCAGAUGUUUUCCUGUUGUGUCUAGGUGGUUUUUACGUCUAAAGAGAUAUUUAUUGCAGUUAAGCUUAACAUUAGGAUUACAUAUAAAUGAAAAUGCUUAAUAAGAGUAAAUACUUUUACUGAUUACAUUAUUGUAAUGUAUAUUUACAAAGCCAUACUGUUACAAACCUUUGUAAUAAAUGUACCAAGUAGAUACUAUACCCUUUUAUCUGUGCAUUAUGUAACUUAUUUAAAAUGUAAAUAAUGUACAUUAAUACUAUAUAAUUGUAUCAUUUGAAGUAACACUUUAGUGAAGCCAUGGAGAACUUGGCUUGAUUUACUGUAAUAUUUUGCAGGGAUGAAGGGUCACUUUAUGUUCAGUCAUGUAAAGUUUUAAUACAAAUAUAAUAAUUAUAAGAAAAACUAUUUUAGAGCUUUAAGUAAUAUUUGCAACUGUCAGAUCGCUGAGAAAAUUAUCGCAUUAAAUUGUUGCACUUUUGCUUGUUUCAAAGACUAAAAUAAUAUGCUUUACAAAGAAAAACGUAAAUAAAGUACCAUAGCAUUGCAUUACUUUGUUAUAUUUUGUAUUAUUUCUGAUAAUGAUAUAAUAUGAUUUUCUGAUAUGUCCUAAAGAGAAUUGUGAAAUAUCCCCAAAAAGGAAUAUUUAAAACUAUACCAACGUAAAAUUAGAACAUCUUCUAGGAAUUGUUCUGACUUGCUUUGAUCAAAUUAUAUUGACUUUUUUCAAGUGAUUUAUUUUUUGUUUUAGUUUUUUUUUCUCUGCUCACAUUGUUUCCUAUUGCAUAUGAUCAAUCAGAAUAUCUUUAUGGGGAAAGAAUAAAUGAAAUCAGCUUAUUUUUUUGCUAUAAUCCACAAAACUAUUAAAAGAUGUUUUACAUGAAUAUA